AUGACGCAAGCACCCGCUACUUCAUCGUCAGCCCCGCAGCCACCACCACCAGCACCGGCACCAGCACCAGCGCCAGCGACAUCCUCGACGCAGCCACAGAUGCAACAGCCUUCAACGACCACAGCACCACCACCACCAUCGCAACCGGCCCAGACGUCGACCGCACAGCCGCUCGGCCCCACCAUUCCUUCGCCCGGCGUGCCCCAGCCAUCCGCACUCGCAAAGCUCUCCCUGCGAGACAAGCUGCUCCUCGCGCAGGCGGUCCACGAGAUCGGCACCUCGCCACCAGAUUGGGGCAAGGUAUCCUCCCUCCUCCUCUCCCACCCGCUCAUCCGCCAGCAGUCCCGCCUCGAACAGGCCGCCAAUGCCGGGCUCACGCUCGGCCGCAUCUUUGGCACGCGCGAGUGCGAGCGCGCGUGGACCGCUCUCAUGAGGCAGCGCGGCCUCGUCCUGUCCAGAGACGAGUCGAUCGCUGCCGCUGCCGCCUCCACCGCCCCCGCAUCCUCGACCGCCGCCGCGGGCGCCUCGUCCGAGACGACGCCCAAGCAGAAGGAGGCCAGGGGAGCGCAACCCAGGAUGGACCGAAAGUCGCAGCUCGCACUCGCCAAGCUCAUCUAUGCCGAGCGCAUCGAAGAGCUCAAGGAGUCGAUCAAGGAAAAGGAGCAGCAGUUCAAGCUCCUCAUCCGCGAGAUCGACGACAUCAAGUCCGGCAAGGCCGACCCCAAGCUCGAGCUGGAGCUCCGCAUCGAGCUCGAGAACCUCGCAAAGGGGCCCAGCGCCGCGCCGGCAUCUGCCACCGCUUCGGCACUCACCACUCCCAAGGCCAACAAGACGCCCAAGACCGGUCGGGCCCGGGGCGAGUCGAUGGCAACGCCCUCGGACAAAAUCUCGCCGCGCAGCGACCCCACGGGCAGCGGGCCCAACAGCGCCAGCAAAAAGGGCAGCGAGCCUCGGUCCAAGAAGGCCGAUCGACGCGCGAGCAUCGACGCGACCCCCACAAAGCAGCCUACUACUGCUGCUGCGAAUGGCGUCGAAGCAACGGCGACCCAGGCAGGUCCCAGCACGUCGGCACCGGCAGGCGCAGCAACGUCCCAGCCGGCGCAGUCGAGCGCUGCCACAGCGGUCACCACCGCUCCCACAUCCGCCCCGGCUCCCUCGACGGCACCCGGAGGCGCUCCGAUCACCACCGCUGCGCCGGUGCCAUCGGCAACCGAAGCCGCCGCCGCCAUCGUCACCAGCAAUGCCCCCGAGGCUGCCUCUGCGGCAUCCUCUCUGAUCGCAUCCGGAACUGCCCCUGGCGUAGACGCGGCCAAGCUCGAGGAGAGAGUGCAGGCUGCGGUCGACAAGGUCAUCGAGACUGAAACCAAGCUGCAGCUCGCCGCCGAAGCCGAGGGAGCAGCGGCCGACGCAUCAAAGGCUGACGCCGUCGCGCCGCCCGUCGUAGCUUCGGAGCCGUCCUUGCAGCGACCGGCAGCCACGACGGUCGAAGAGUCGAGCAAGCAGGCGGGCACCGUCGCCGAAGCGGCCGAGGCACCGCAGAAGAGCGGCGAGCAAGAGCAGGAGCCUGCCAACGCUGGCGUCAAGCGCAAGCGAGACGCGACAGCCGACUCGCCCGCCGAUACGACGUCGGCUGCCGCCGGCCCGGAUGCCAGCGAUGCCCAGGCGAGCAAGCAAGGGGCUCGAGAGUCGUCGACCGCCUCGCAACAUCCCAGCAAGCGCUCCAAGGGCAACGAAGAGGAAGGCAAGGCCGCAGAGGCGGCACCUGCCGAAGACCUGGAAAUGGCCGACGUCGAUGUCGCACAAUCGGAUGCCGCACGACCGGAUGCCACACGACCGGAUGCCACGCGGCCGGCUCCCGUCGAGAGCGAGCCCGCCGGCUCGUCGGAAGUCAAGACCGGUGCCGAGCCGAGCAAGCCUCCGGCGUCGCCUUCGCCCGUGGACGGCGACCGCAAAGACGAGAUGGACGUCGAAAAGGACCUGAUCGGCGAGCCUAUUCCCCGCAGCGGCGAUGCACAAGACAAGCCGGUGUCGCCGGACAAGGGCGUAUCGGCAGACGAAGAGCCCAAGGCAAGCGCAAGUGGCGAGGUCGAGGUCGAGAGAGCUGCAGACGACGACGACGACGACGACGACGACGAUCACGAGAUGGACGACGGGGCCGACGAUGUGGUCGUCGAGGUGCCUGUCAAACGCCCCGACGAGGCGCCAGCGACCGAGGAAGAGGCCGACGCUGAGCGAGAGGUCGCCGAAGCGGAGCAGGAGGUCGAGGGAUCGCAAGCGACCGCCGCUGGACCGUCUGGCGAGGCAGACGAGAGCCGCGAUCCCGAGCCAGUGGCCGCCGCACAGGAUGAGGCCGGUGCCAAGAUCAAGGAAGAAAAGAUCGACGACAUCGACGACGACGAAGGCACGGCAGCCAAGAACAAAGGAAGCGAGGAUGAGGACGAGGACGCGGACGAGGACGAGGCUUCAGCGCAGGCCGACGCCGACGGCGAUGCCGAAGACGCCACCGCUGCGACGAAAUCCGAGGAGCCGGGCGACGAGGCCGAGACGGCCGCCGUGGGGGCAAAGUGGCGCAGCACGCCCGCCCGCAACCGGUACAACAGCGCCUCGCGGACGUCGGCGCGGAGCAGGGCACGCGACUCGCCAGCGUCGACGCCCGGCGGGCCCAGCGGCAGCGGCGGGGUCUCGAUCAAGGACGAGUCCGGCCGGCGCGAAGACUCGGCCUCGGUCUCGACGGCGCCGACGUCGGCCGAGCGGGAAAAGGCCAAGCGCAAGACGACGCAGGUGCUGCUGAUGCUGCUGACCGAGGUGUCGAACCACACGCACGGCAACCUGUUCCACAACGCCAUCAAGGAGCAGGACGCGCCGGACUACUACACCCUGAUCCGGCACCCGCUCGACCUCAAGACGAUCAAGGCGCGUAUCAAGGAAGGCACGAUCCGGUCGGCCAGCCAGCUGCGGCGCGCCCUCAACCAGAUGUUUGCCAACUCGCUCAUCUACAAUCGUCCGGGCACCGAGGUGCACCGCAUGGCGAGCGAGAUGAGCGCCGCCAGCGAGGAGAUCAUGGACCGCUUCGAGGUCACCCAGAACUUCAACUCGCGGCGCUGA